CCUUGAAGCUGAACGCAGACGGCAAGAUCAAGUCAAGCAAGGACAGGAGCUCGACCUUCUCAAGGAGCGCCACAUUGUCUUUGCCGCUAUCUGCAUUUCUGGAGCAUGGCCGCCCGGACGCAGCUUAAAAAACUCCAAGAUUCGCAUCAUCGAGCUGCCCUGCGCUUGAGGCUGGCGACAUGCAGAGCCCGAUGGGAUAGACUGACGUAGCUUGUCUUGGUGAAUGCAGAUUGCGCUGGCGGCGGUCGGCACCAAUCCGCAUCGCCACCGCGAGGAUCCGGACGAUCAUAAGAAGCACAAGAUGCCGUCUGCGCUGACGAUCGAAGUUUUUCUCAGAGAGCUCGUGCAGGGUCGGCGUAGAGACCGCGACUUGAUCAGCGGCGGGUCGGGCGCGGCAGGACGCGACGGGUGUCAAGUUUGGACGAGGCCGCCGCCAAGUCCCAGCCAAAGAAGUGAUCAGAAUCUACUCGUAGAUGACGCAAAUGCAGGCAGGCGACACUGCCUCGCAUGUCACACUGCGCUCCAGCUCCUUGUACCCAAUCACGGCGGGUACAUGCAGCUUGCCGGGAGAAAAGUACGCACCAUAGUUCGUAACCCUUGAUGUGCCAUAUUUGAUGGCUUCACAAUCAGAUGGCGUUUGGAAGGCUGUAGCGGGCUGAGCUUCCCGCACGUGACCUAUGAGAAUAUGAGCAUAUGACUUGUCGUACAUUCGUAUAGUU